GGCCAUAUUUGUACACCCUGCUCUUGGAAAAGACCAUAUCCUUGUUAUGCUGCAUAUGGGUAUAGUCGUGUAAGUAUUAUUCUCUGGGCAGAAAAAAAACUGAGUUAAGGUGGGGGUGGGGUAUAGCACAACUGAAAAGAUGAUUCCAUUUAAUUUAAGGGGACUUUAUUUAAUAUAUAUUUAUAUUAUGUUGUAUAACCAUUGAAGUUCUAAUUCUUAAAACAAUGGUGAGAUUUGAUAAUUUGUGAUAAUGUUGUUCCUAUUUUCUGUUUUCAUAUGGUAGCAAGGAGACCAAAGAAGCUGAUCACUAAAGGUCCUUGAAACCACCAUGCAUUUAUUUAUUUUUUAUUUUUUUGUAUUUUUGACGUGCAAAGAUUGGUACAUACAUGUCUGCGGUACCCCAAAGGCAUUCCUCAGGCUUUGUUUCACUGGUUACAAUAGGGUAAUACAUGCACAUUUUAUGAAUUAAGGUUCUGUCCGCGUUAAUUGUAUUAGGAUAGCAGUAGUAAGUAACACGUUUAAUAUAUAAGAUGGAGCCUAUACAGCAAUGCUACAGUUUGUUCUAUUUGGUGCAUCCAGCUAAGCCAGGCUUGAUAACAACAAACGCUAAUAGUAUCAUGGCAUUUAGAGACCGUGAGUAGGCAGUGCACUGGUAUUGUGUAUUGCUAAGUUACAGGAUAGGUAAGUUAAGUGAAGUUACAGGCUGCUAUGGCGGGACUAGUCUUGAUGGAAGGUGUAAAGCAUUAGAUAAUAGUGAUUCACAUCGUGCCCAUAUCUAUAAUGAGUGUAAAAUACUUAAGAAAAUGAAUUAACAGCAAGCAGAGGUUAUUCUAUUAUUUCAAACCAUGGUGGUGGCACCUGGCUAGGUCUGGAGUACGCAUGCUGGAGCGUGAUAUUCGGCUGGUAUAGUUGGCCAUAUGCAUGAGCUGGGUAUGUGAGAACUUGCUUGGUAUCUGCGUUUAUCGAUGCAGUGCCGAAGCACCUCAGCAAUAAGCCACUUAGACCAUUGCUAAAGGCAUAGACAUAAUGUAAAUCUUAAUGUGCACCUGGAUGUCCUGAUGCUCAGUAAGUUUUGCAUUUCCGCUGUUAUGGUAUGGUGGGGCUGGUUUAAUGACAAUGUCCCGCUGUAGCAAGAUCAUGAGGUCCCUAGCAAAGUCUUUUUCAUCCAAUGCCCUCUUUGUGGAAGCGGUGUGUGUCCGUCGCUGGGUUUCGGCUUCCUGCCGCUGUGCAGGUGUCAAGGGGGGUGUCCUGCCAGCCCCAGGCUGGUAUGCAGGGCGGCAUCCUUAGGCCACAAACUCUGCUACCGCAGAGGAGCUGAUUAUGGUCCAUCGCUUGCGAUGCUUGAUCCUCGGUCGAUGCUGCUGGUCUCUCUGCCCUUUGGCCUGCAGCCCGGGUGGGCUACGUAGCUUGUGGGUGAGUAGUUGAAAUGAUGCUGUGCCCAAGGGUAUCUUCCCCCCCCUGCCGUUUGUGGCUCCACUCACCCUUCGUCGGAGGUAUAGGCCGCUUGGUUCGGGCUGCUUGUUGCAGCUCCCAGAAGCAGUUUAACAUCGCCUCCAUACUCUGCAGGGUUGCACUCCGUUGCGGUUGUGUCGUUCGCUUGGUCAUCAUGCUUGUCACACUGCCGGCCGACAUUUUAGGUGCGCCUUGUGAGGGGCUGCAGCCUUGAGUUUUAAGAUCAGGCUUGAAUUGCUGUCUCAGCUGGUUAUUUUGGCUAUCGAGUGUAGGCCGGGAUGACCCCCGCCGGCCUGGGGGGGAGGAGGAAGGCGAGUGCACUAAGGGUGUUGUGUGCGAUGUUACCAUCCAGGAGAGCGGCCGUCUCUCUGGCUCGGUCGCGCGUAGGUCCCAUGUGCUUUGUAUGGGUUCCCAGGCUAUGUGAGUCUCGCUUGUGGGUUCCUUCGAUGCCCCCGGGUUUCCCCAUCUCGUCGUGUUCCCUCUGACUCGUUGAUGAGUUUGUUUUUGAGAUAUUUAUCCCUAUUUGUGUCGCUUCUUGCAGGAGCUGGUUCACAGCACGUCUGAUCUGCUUGGUAGUUAGCCUCUGCCCCCCACCAUGCAUUUAUUUAAUGGUCACUUGUUACAAUGUUUGCUAAGCUCCCUUCACAGAAAACCCCUUGGCCACUCAGGAACAAAUAAAUAAAGCUGCAUUUUUAUUUUUUACAUUUCUUUAACCCAAACUGAGCCUAUCCAUCACCAUCUAAUGUAAUUUGGUUGCAAUCGAAUCUUCAUCCAUACCUGCAGAGCCAUAUCAGAAAUGUUCUAUACUUCACUUAUUUGUGUGCUCUUUUGCAACUCACAGUUCAAUUAUUAUUUAUUAAGUGCAACACAUUCCGCAGCACUGUACAGGGCGUGGACAGACAAACAUGUAUAUGCAACAAGACAAGUUGGGUGUACAGGAGCAGAACAGUGUUGAAGGUCCUGCGCAAACCAGCUUGCAUUAAAAGUGGAGAGGGGUAAAGUGAUACCAGAGGUAAUGAUAAGAUGUACUUCAUGUAUGGGAAAAGUAGGUUGCUAGAAGAGUUUAUGGUAAAGUUUUAGAUUUAUUUUUAUUUUUUUAAGAUAACGUUGCAGGAGAGGAAGCAAGGUGGUGUGUUAGUGAGGUGAGUCAGGAUUGAGAGUUAAUGAAUUCUCUGCAUAUUGGGCUUCUGUUGGGCGACAAACAACCAAAAGCAGCAUGCCACCCAAUCGCCCUCAGCACGUCCUUUGGGAUGUCCCUCACCCUGCAGUGAGGGUGAAUUACAUCACCAGUGGAAGACCGAGCUGCAGGAAAAACUUGGGCAAGUUUUUCUUUUUUGGGAGACCAUGACAGUAAGGGUUUUCUCAAUCCCAAAACAUUGUUUUAUUAGAACCUUGUCUUUUGGAGUAACCUUGUAACAUCAGCCUUGAGUGUCCUCCACUUCUUGGGGGGGGGGGAGGGACUUUUUGUGUGUGUAUCUCAUUAUUAUUAUUAUUAUUAUUAUUAUUAUUAAAAUCGAUUUUAUUUUUGUUUAAUAUAUAGGUGCUACACAUUGUGAUUUUGUUCAAAGAACCUGCGUGUAAAUCUGCGUGAGAUGGCUUAUCUGCUAAUGAAGAAGCUAUUUGAAAACUACCCUGGAUCACGAAUCAAUUUUAAUUUAAGUAUGGAUUCUCAGCUCGACCGUAUCAAUAUCCAAACUAAAUUGAUGGGAAAAGUAUUCAUGUAUUUUCCAGACGUGUUGCUGCUCAUCCGUUCACAUAAUGCCAUGGGCAAAGUUUUGUAUACUUUUAUUGCUGAUGGACCACGUUUGAACUGUGAAAGUGCGUUUUUAAGAAUUGUGCAUAUGGCAUACCCUACAAAUGAGUCUCCUGCGAGUAUGUCUGAGAUGUUCCAUUUCCUUAAAGAGUUCAAUCCUUGCUGGCCCCAGAUCCGCAUUUUCCUUGUGGACCCCUUUUUUAAAGGAGUUGAUUGUCUUGCAAAAGCUUUCCCAUCAGCUGAAGUUGUCCUUUCAUCCUUCCACGUAUGUACAUACUUUAAACAAAAUAUAUCCAAGUUGUCUUUGCCUGCCAACAUAGAGGAUGUGUUGAUUAACAAUUUGACGAAUAUAGUGUGUUCAGCCACAACUGAAAAUCUACAGGAUAUGUACACAAAUUUGCUUCAGUAUGUUAAGCCAGAUUUGCUGUUUCAGUUGAACCCAGACUGGUUACUGAUGGAUCAAAUCUGGGCCUUACACCGGUGGAGGAACGGCAAAGAAUCCUCAACAUAUAUUGAAAUGAUGAAUACACUUGUGGAAGAAAUUGGCCAAACAUUCAGUAAUAGUCUUCCAUGGGAGGAUAAAAUAUUUGCUUUGAUAAGUUUCAUUCAGACUGAAAUAAUAGAUAAAAAUAUUCCUAGUUUGGGCAUACAGACUCCCCAAGAAAUGGCCGUCUUUUUGGAUAAAGAGGAGCCUUCAACAUCUGAGUCUAAAACUGAUAUUUGUCAUACAAAAUCUGACAUGGAUUCCGAGACCUCCUUAAUGAUAUGUCAGUCACUGAAUGACAUCUGCGUUCCUGCGGCUGCUGACCUCUGUUCGAAAGAGUUUUUUGUUGCACAGACUUCGUUGCAGUUCAUGACCAAAAAUGAGGACAGUGCAAGCAUUCGAUUACUUGAGAACCCACAGAUGGUGAACUGGGAAAACCAGAAGAGUUGCACUUGCCCCUUCUACAAGACAAUGAAACUCCCCUGUCGCCACAUCCUGGCUUUACUUAAAGCUAACCAGGAAAUCCUAAAACCAGAAAUGCUUGACCCUGCAUGGCAGAAGUCUACUAAUGCUCACGAAUCUAUGUUUCCUGUACCGAUGGACACCCUGAAAAUCAUUAAGGGUGACACUAAGGACUUAUCUCCAGAUCAAGUAUGUAGGAAUUCCUUGACUGACCAAAUCACCAAGGUGCUAUCAGAGUGCAGUGAUGAAGAAUUCCAGCAGAGAUACAAUACACUGAGGGAACUGGCAGAUGCAUGGAUUGGCCCGUAUGAGCAAGUGAAGCUUUAGAACACACAUCUUCUGAUUAUCUCUGCAAAAGAUUUCAGGUUGAAGUGAUUGCUUGACCAAAUUAUGAGGUCUUUCACGACAUGCAUGCAACACAAGAAAGAAAAGGAUGGUCCAGGCUGUCCAUUUGUGUUCUCCAAUUAAUCUGCCUUGUUUACACACCUUGAGUGCCUGGACCAUCCUGUUAUUUCUACUAUUGACCGUGGUCCAGGUGCCGCUAAACAUCUGGUUUGCGUAGGUAGUGCGGGAAACCUCUUGUUUCUAUAGUAUACGUAUAAUAUGAAGCACAUGUCUACGCAAAGAAAAGAUGUUCUUGGAAGACCUAUCCUGGGAUAUGUCUAUAGGAGAUAGGCCAAGACGAUAAAAUUGUUAUGAAAGUUGUAGGUUUUUGUUUACUGUGUAAAUAGUUUGUUUGAACUUUGUGCUUUGGAUUUAUCAAAGUAAUGAAGUUUGCAUAUCUCUGUCCACGCAUGAACCACAUUAAUUGGCGCAAUGACAUUCCAUGGAAAGAUGCCCAUUUAUUUACCACAUUGGUAUGGGUGUUUUUCCACGGGUACUUUAUAUGACACUUGCUGAUUCUUUGAUGGAUUUCUUUAGCUUAAAGGAACACUUCAAAGUAUCACUAAAGUCAUCCAUACUACUUGAUCUCUGAUGUGGCCUGGGUGCAGUGUUUUUAUUUUUAUUUUUUUUAAAUGUUUAUUUUAAUUUUUUUUAUUUUUUUUUAACCCUGCAAUGUUUACAUUGCAGGGUUUAAUACCCCUCUAGUGGCUGUAUACCUGACAGUCAAACUUGGUUCUCACAGCUAACCUACAUGUCAUUGAAGGAGCGCAGCACUGGCCACACGUGCUUUUCUUACCUAUAAUUCUAUAAUACUCCCCAACUGUUCGUUUUUAUUUAUUUUUUAUUUUAUUUAUUUUUUAUUCUUUAUUUUUGAUGUGCAUGUUUAUCUCAAGAAUAACGGUACAGACAUAGUGAAGUCAGCAUAAUAAGUAGACAACUCUUUGACAAGUGUGUACAUAUGAAAACAGCACAUUUUUUGUAAAUUAAAACGAGGGAUAUGCAAGAGUGAGUCUUUGAGCAGUUAGCUUAUGCAAUUAUUUGCAGGGACUUUAAACAUGCUAUGUUAAACAGUUAAUAAUUUUUAUAACAGGUUUAUUUCUCCCAGGAGAUAAGUAGGAAGGAUAACGAAAAGGGUUGACAAGACUGGAUGUCCAGGCUAAGGCAUGAAAGAGUUGCAAACUACAAUGCACCCAUGGAGGUAAAUAGGAAUAUGGAGUAGCCAUGGGCUUGUUCUUAUAGCUCUGUCUCGGAGCCCUGUUCAGUCAAUGCCUUCCAAGGGCAAAGUGCAGUCCCAAACUGAAGAAGUCUACUGCAGGUCAUAGUACCAAGAUGUAGUCAGGUAUGUCAGAUCUCUUGUAGUGUGUUUGAUCGCAAUCUUGCUUGGGGCUGCAUGGGUGUUCUCCUUGGAGCCGUCCUGUGUCUAGGCAAAGUGCGUCGCUUGAUCUGUCGCCACCCCCUUCCCCCAAGUAUUCUUAUUUAAGACCCAUAUCCCGUGUGUACUUUGUUCCUAUCAUGAUGCUCCUUCUUUCCAGGAGCAUUCAACCUGUGGUGUGUAAGUUUAUAAGAGAGUGCAUCACAGUAAUGUGUCUCUAAACUACAAUAAAUGUUUGAAAAUUAGUCCAUGACUGUUUUUUUCAUUUAUGAUUUACAUGUUCAGUUACAUAAAUGAUUAUCGGUUCACCAUAAAGUCAC